AUGUAUCGCCGCUGCAUUAAGUUGCGUUCUUCGAUAGUGCAGGCCCCGUUGUUCCGCUUACCAUCUGUAUUGGAUUCUAGAUCCUUUACACGACUAGUGAAUAGACAAGGAAAAUACUUAGAAAAAAUUCUAGCUGACCAAUAUCAUCACUCUUCUCCCGGGUCUCAUUCUCAUGCAUUUGCGCAAAUUGUAAAAAAAAAGGCAGAAUUGGCCACAGCCCAGCUCAGAUCAUUAAAACAGAGUGAGGUAGAGGACAUUAUUUACACUAAAUAUGAGUUGAAGAGUAGACAUCUUGUCACAUGCCUCGUUCCCUACCAAUAUGCCGUCAAUAUAAUACUUUCAAGGUUACCCAAUGAGAUGAGGGAAAAGUGUAUUGCUGAGCUAAAAAUUCAGGAGCAAAAUAUAUUGGCGAAGAAGCCUAUGAAUCCCAAUCGAUGGAUUCAAUGGGAAGAUCAGGAUGUUUAUAAAUCUACUGGUAUUAAUUACCUAAAGCGCAUUUCUGCGCAAAUAAAGAGGCGGAUUCCUAUUUAUUCCAUCAUGGGUCAUAUAAACCACGGUAAAACAACUCUUCUUGAUGCACUCCAGCAUUCCAGUAUUGUCAAGUACGAGCCGCAUGGGAUAACACAGUCUAUAAGGGUCUUUACCAUUCCUCAUUUCGAAGCUAAUGAUUUAUACACCUUUAUAGACACACCGGGACAUAAAAUAUUCGCCGAAAUGAGAUUUCAUUCGCAUCUAAUUGCGGACUACAUUAUUUUGGUAGUGUCUGUCAUCGAUGGGAUUGGCAGUCAAACACAUGAGGUAAUCAAGGUUGCGCUGAAUGUUGAUAAACCCAUAGUUGUGGUGAUUAAUAAGCUAGAUGUUCUUUCGGACGCAAUUAUAGCAGAGAGUAAGGUCCAGCAAAUAUUGCUAGAAUUGCAAGUGAUAGGUAUUGAUGUGGAUCUGGUUCACAGUGAGCAUGAUUUGGAGGUUAUUCAUAAGUCUUUUACUCAACAAACUGAGUCUGUUGCCGCUGACGGAUUCCAAAAAGAAAAUUAUUUUCUCCCAAUGAAGAAAGUCGAUCCCACCUAUGAGGGAAGUCUCAGCAAGCCAAAGCUAAACCUUCGGAGGAGAUGCCUGGGGGUAUGUAUAUCGGCGAAGAAAAUGAUUAAUAUGGAUCUCCUUUGGUCCCUUAUGCGCAGAUGUAAGGAGGCAGCGCCGCCUGUUUGUCAUAGUAAUUCUAUAGGAUACAAGGAACAUAAUUCUGCUGUACAGGCUCUUGUUGUAGAAUCCUCAAAACAUUUGUUUGACGAAGAGGGGUUUCGUUUAAAUAAACUUAAACAGCGUCUUCAGUCUUCUCUUGAUGGCAAUAAUAAUAAAUAUUUGAAGGAAAUUGAGCGCAAAGGGCCUGCGGUUCGCCUUAAUAUGAUGCGCAACUCUUCUUUUUGUCAGGCAAGUCAGUUUAACCGCACGAGCACCAACGUCCUCAUGCUUUCGGUUAUUAUAACAGAGGGCGUUAUGACGCGCGGGAUGCAUUUUAUUGCCGAUCAAGCCGAGGGUUGUAUUGAUUAUAUGAUGGAUUAUUGGGGAAAUCCGAUCGAGAAGGCGUUGCCAGGGAUGGCGGUUUCGAUUGUCGACCUCCAUAGCACUAGCAGCUUGCCAGGGGUUGGGAUUCAUGUGUUUUCUAUGAUCAACGAGGCCGAGCGGCUUCGAAUUCAUGCCUAUCGCCAACUUUUGCAGUGGUUUGUGGAGUGUUUUACAACCAAACUUCAUCUUCUCCGACCACGCGGGAUGGACGUUCGUUUCAUUCAUUUGGGUGAUUAUGGGCAGCUCAAGGCUACCGAAUGCUUGGAGAUUCAGGUGGUGUAUGGAUGUUUUAAUCGGACCCCAGCAAAUACCGCCAACGAUGCUUUGCCGAGGGAAAAAACCGUGGCAGAAUACUUGCUUGAGGUGAAUAGCAUAGAGGAGGCUAAGGAGGUAAGCUGCACGAACUUGCUUGAGGCAAAGCGAACAAACCAGGUGGUGUUAAGCAAAAAUGGAGCGGAUAUUUUGAAUGCCCAAUGGCAAAGUCUUCAGCUAUCGCAAAUUAUAUAUUCUCAAGAGGAGUACGAAAGAUAUUUGCACCAGUGCAUUCAUAUUGGAGUCUUUGUGAAGGUUGAUUCUUGGCAUUCUGCUCGUAUGCUUUAUCGUGAAAUUCCUCGGCUAGGAACGCGGAAAAUUCUUUUAAAUGUCGUAGGCAUUCGUUAUGGAGCACUUACGGUCGAUGAUGUUAUUUUCUUCAGCAACACCGCAAAGAUUAUUAUUUGCUUCCGAGCUCCUUACGCACCAUCGAGUGAUCUGGAUCACUAUAUUGAAGCUACCGAUCAGUGGGUACUUCACACCGAUCAUUUUGCUGAUAUUAUCACCUUCUUAAAAUGGUGCGCCGUCUCAACGCAUCGAGAGAAGGUCCCAAACGACAAUGAUAUGAAUUUGGUGAACUGCUUCGAUAAAAAUUAUGAGUGUGGCGAUAAUACCAAAUCUCAAAACCAAUCCAAGAGUCCCAAUCGAAGCAAAAUGCUCCUUAUUCCUCGAUCUGAUGAUUAG